AUGCCUGGCAUCACCAUUGGAGACACCGUGCCCAACCUUGAAGUUGAAACCACCCGUGGAAAGUUCAAGCUUCAUGACUAUUUUAAGAAUAGCUGGACUAUCAUUUUCUCUCAUUCUGGUAGGCUUCAUCUAACUUAAAAGUGUGAAGGGAAGUAUGCAGAGCAAACUGGCUUGUAUGGCUUUUAUACCCACGUUGACCCGUUUCUGUGGGCAUUAUAUGUUGGCUACAUGCAGCCUAGUUGCAAGGUGACAUAGCCAAUCGUGGCAGAUCCCAACAGGGAGAUCGUCAAGCAACUUAGCAUGGUGGACCCCGAUGAGAAAGGCUCUUCAGGGAACCAACUCCCAUCUCGAUCGAUGCACAUCGUGGGCCGUGAUAACAAAAUCAAUCUAAGCUUUCUUUAUCCCGGAUGCACUGGGCGCAACAUUAAUGAAGUGGUGAGGGCCCUGGACUCCCUGCAGAAAGCAUCGAAGUGCAAGGUUGCAACACCAGCGAACUGGAAACCAGGUGAUCCUGUGGUGAUUUCUCCUUCCGUGACCAACGAGGAAGCCAAAAAAAUGUUCCCUCAAGGUUUUGAGACUCAAAAACUUCCAUCCGGGAAGGAUUACCCGCGUUUCACUUGUGUCAACUGA